AACGUUUGUUGUUUGUUUUGCGUUCGGGCUUCGUUUUUACGUUUUUGUUUUCAUUUCGUUCGCUCUGCCUAUCUCGCUCUCUUCGCGCAAUAUAAUAUCGGCUGACUGGAGAUCUCAGUGCGCUCCAUAGUUCAGUUUCUUGUGACUCUUUGCGCGGCUAACUUCGCCGAUCGCCGGGCAUGCGCGUCGACCAUAUAUCUGAAAAAUCAAAAGAGUAGGAAAUUAAGGCUGAAGCAAAAAACCCGUCUCGCUAUAUUCGUCGACUGUGCUGUUGUUGGUGUCUAUCUGUGUCUUUUGUCAAUGUUUUUAACCCAGCUCGAGGGGAAGCCAUUUCGCCUUUCUUCUGAAAAUUUCUUUAAGAAAAUACAAAAAAAGAAUUGAAAAUUCCAAAAUUGUGAGUGUUGUGAAAAGUGAAGAUCAGUGAUCUGAAAUGAUCAUCUGAAGAAUAAGAAACACGCGCCCUACUCGAAUUGCCCCUGCUUAUCAAGCACAUGCCUAUACUAUACAAUUUAUCAACAGUCUUUUACCAUCUGCUCACCGCAAAAGUUGAAUGGAAUAAAUUUUAAUCUACUUUUUUGCACGAUACGUGACACUAAAUGAACAUGUUAAUAUUGAAACUUCCCAAAAUGCUAGGCCAACUGUGGCUUCUAUUGCUUUUAUCACUCUUAACCCUACAAGGCCCACAGUUAUCGGCGGGCAGUGGUUACAAGACGCUGUCGAAUGUGGAGUUGCUGGAAAACGAUUCGCGAUACAUCUCAUAUCAAGAUUUAAUGUCGACGGCCAAACGAUUCUACGAUCCCGAAACGAGUUGGUAUUCGGAAAUGCUGUUCGACGUGGCCAGAAGUCAAGUGAUAGUCGGCGCCAGGGACACCCUGUACCGCAUGUCUUUCGAUCUGGAGCCGCUGGAGCGGUCCAGUUGGGGGGCAACGCCGUCGGAGAUUGCCAUGUGCCAGGCAAAAGGCCAGUUGGAGCGAUGGUGUCGCAACUACGUGCGCGUGCUCCACAGCUACGGUGAGAACCAGCUGUACGCGUGUGGGACGAACGCCUUCCAGCCGAGCUGCUCGUGGCGCCAGAUGGAGAACCUCAACGUCACGGGUGUGGACAGCGGCGUGGUCAAGUGUCCAUUCCAUCCGCAGGCGAACAGCACCAGUCUGUUGCAGGCGAAUGGCCAACUGUUCGUGGGCAUCGCCACCGACUUCUCGGGCAGCGAUGUGGCCAUCCUGCGCACAGGAGUGCAGUCCAAUGAGCGUUUCCUCCGCACCAAGCAGUACAAUAACAACUGGUUAAGUGGAGCCCAAUUCGUGGGAAGCUUCGAGGCUGGCAACUUCGUCUAUUUUCUGUUGCGCGAAUCGGCCGCCGAACACAUGAGUUGUGGCAAGGUGAUCUACUCGAGAAUUGCUCGGGUCUGCAAAAACGAUGGUGGCGGCGGUGGUCAGCUGCUGAAGGACAACUGGACAUCGUUUCUCAAGGCUCGCCUCAACUGCUCGCUGCCUGGGGAAUAUCCUUACUACUUUGAUGAGAUCCAGGGCAUGACCUACGCCGAAUCCGAGUCCAUUCUCUACGCCACCUUCAGAACUUCGGGAUCGAGUAUUUACGGGUCGGCCGUCUGUGCGUACAACCUGAGCUCCAUAAACGAGGCCUUCGACGGACCCUUCAAGCACCAGGAGCACGCAGAUGCGCCUUGGCAGACGGUGAACACGAGGCAGCGAAGUCAGUUCCAGUGCGGCUCAACAACUAGUGUUGGCCACUGGCUGGAGAGCUCCCGCUACCAGCUGAUGGAUGAGGCAGUGCAGCCCAUUGGAGCCCAGCCGCUGUACCACUCCAAGCUGGAGCAGUUCGGCCGCUUGGCUCUGGACAUCAUCAACACGAAGACGGAACAGGUUCAUGUGCUAUUCGUGGCCAGCAGUGGUAAUCACAUCAAGAAAUUGUCGGUGAAGUACGGCCGCGAAGGACCGCAGACCUGCUUGGUAGAGCUCUGGCAGGCGGAUGACACUGGAACCAGUGCCCUGCUCAACAUGGCCUACCUAAAGGUCACCGAUUCGCUAUAUCUGGGCACCGACCUGGCCCUCACCCGCAUCCCCGCCCAGCACUGUAGUCGCCAUGUGUCCCAGUCCAGCUGCCUCAACUCCAUGGAUCCCUAUUGCGGCUGGAACGAGCUGGUGGAGCGCUGCAUGCCCCAGCCACAGGACUCCUCCGUGUGGCAGCACUGGCACCAGGCACCUCAGAUCACCUGCCCGGUGCUGAGCCCCAUCGACGGCGGCUGGUCCACCUGGAGUUCCUGGGCCGUUUGCCAGCAGCACGAGCAGCCGGAUAGCAACUGCCAGUGCCGGCAACGCAGCUGCAACAAUCCUCAGCCGCAACAUGGAGGCUCCAGUUGCGAGGGCAUUAGCACCCAGGUGACGAAUUGUACCCAACAUGGCGGCUGGACGGAUUGGUCGGCCUGGUCGCCCUGCUCCCAGACGUGCGGCAUUGCUGUGAAGAUCCGGCGACGCACCUGCGGAAAUCCCCGGCCGGCAUACGGCGGACGCACCUGUGUGGGAUCGGAGCAGUCGGAGAUGUACUGCCGCCACUUGCCACCUUGUCCGGUGGCCAAGCCGCAGUCCGUGGACGGCGGAUGGGGACCGUGGGGCGAGUGGAGCGAGUGCAGUGCCCAGUGCGGCGGUGGGUUCCGGAUGCGGCGGCGGGAGUGCAAUGAUCCGGCUCCACUCAAUGGCGGAACAGAGUGUCCGGGCUGUCGCUUGGACUACGAGGAGUGCAACAUGCAGAGCUGCCAGGAGGUGCGCAAACUCAGCGCCUGGACGCCAUGGUUGACGGUGCCGGGCAGCGGGAACUCCAGUGAACCGCACACGGAGAGGCGCUUCCGGUACGCGUGCCGAGCCACCAGUCCGGAUGCCAGUUCCGUAAGAGUUGGCCUCGCCAAGGAGGAGUCGCGCAAUUGUCAUGCGGAUGGAAGCUGCCAGCGGCAGGGUGACCACGACUCCGCGGAUGCGGAUGCGGCAGACUGGUCACCAUGCAGCGUCAGUUGCGGCGGUGGAACCCAGCAGCGACAACGUGGACGUGGAACCCAGAGCAGGGUAUGCAAUCUGCAAGCCUGUCCGGCGGAGGACCAACAGCUGGCAAGCAACAGCCUGGACAACGAGGUGGAACACGGAGAGUGGGGCUGCUGGUCGGAGUGGUCCGCCUGUUCGGUCACCUGCGGAUUGGGAUUGCGCCGAAGGACUCGCCGCUGCCUUGCAGGCCACGAACGGUUGUGCCAAGGUCGCGCCCUCGACGAGCAGAAGUGCGAAAUGGUGCCUUGCGAAGAUUUCCUGGGCUGGAGUGCUUGGAGCGAGUGGUCCAGCUGCUCCAGCGAUGGCAUACGCCUGCGGCAUCGCCGUUGCCUGGUGGAACAGCCCGGUUCGAAGGAGUGCCAUGGAGCCGAGUUUGAGAAGACUGCCUGUGUGCCCAAUGAAUGCGAGGAAAUUCAGACUGCCUCAAGCGCCACCCUGCCCAUCGUAAUUUGCCUUUGCUUGCUGAUUACUGUGGCGUGUUGUCUAGCCACCUACCAUUUUGCCAAGAAGCGCUUCCUUUUAAGUGCCGAGGAGGCCUUAAAUAAAACCACGACGACAACGGCAAGUUUCGACACAUAUCCCAAUCAGUAUUCCAGCUUGCCUACAAAGAUGUAAUACUACGAUCAGCGACCAAAGCGGCAGUCCAGCUUCCGUGUGCAGGCCAAGACCAGUAAUUUGGGCAACGGCAAUGGCACGAUCAACCGCAACAACAUGCACCACAAUAAUACGCCCAAGGUUUUGGCCAAGACCUAUAACGAUUGCGAGACUGGAACGCUAAAACGACAGACGGCUUUGAAUAAUUGCCGGAGCAACAUCGACGACGAGAAGUUCUAAAGAUUCUGGGAUCCUCGAAACCCCCUAGUGCCAUCAUUCGACAUUACCAGCCUGAUCUGAUGUCUAUGGAAAUGUUAAAACGAUAAUCAAGUUUAUUUUUUUUUUGCGCCAAAUCGAUGCAGAUGCAAAAUGUUCCUUGCCUGACUCACAUUGAGUCGUUUUACUUAAGAUUAUUGAGGUAGUUUUGGACCUAAGUAGUUUUAGCAUGUAAAU